AUCGAGGCCAUAGAAUGUCUUGAGGGCCAAGUCAGCGUAAAAAGUAGAAACCCUUCUUUGCCGUUAAACCCUAGAGCCUUAAAAUAGGGUAUAUGACUUCUUCCCCGAAGCCUCCCUCUCGGCUCUUCUCGUUGUUUGCAGACUUUUCCAGUUUUGACGCAUCAUAGAAACCAAAUCCCCCAAAAAUCCACCUUCGUCUCCCAAAGAACCCUACCAUUCGAGCCUGCCAAUCUUCCUCUAUUAAAAAUCAGUUCAGUAAUGGAUGAUUCAAACGAUCAGAAAUACUACAAGUAUCACCCAUAUCAGGAUCUCUACAACGUCCCUGCUCAGAGCCUAUAUAAAUUGCCCUCUUCUCCUGAGUUCCUUUUUCAUGAAGAAGCUGCACAUCAGCGCCGCAGCUGGAGUGAAAACCUUCAAUACUAUACCGGAACUGGCUACUUAUCCGGAGCGAUUAUCGGUGGGGCUAAGGGUUCUUUGGAUGGCAUACGCGCCGCCGAGCCUGGUGACACCAUGAAAUUGCGGGUCAAUAGGAUUCUCAACUCAGGUGGACACGUGGGUCGGAAGUUUGGGAACAAUUUGGGUGUGUUGGGGCUGAUGUUUGCUGGCCUUGAGAGUGCUUUGAUUCACUAUAGAGAUACUGACGAUUUGGUCAAUACGGCUCUCGCGGGGCUCGGGACUGGGGCGAUUUAUCGUGCGGCUAGGGGGCCGAGAUCGGCGGCUAUAGCAGGGGCCAUUGGAGGGAUCGCGGCGGCUACUGCUGUUGCGGGAAAGCAGGUUGUUAAGAGAUACGUGCCCAUAUAAAAAAAUUUGAAAAUUUGAAAAUUUUUGUUUUGGGGGCACUAUUUGGAGGGGCUGUGUUUAGGCAGAUAUAGGAUUAGCGGGUUUUCUUGGGUGGCAAAGUUAGAUUAUUUGAUUUAAAGGAUUUUGGUAUAAUAUGGAUCGUUACUUGUAACGAUUACUGUUGUUUCACAAUCCAAUUUGCCGACUUAGCAUUUCUUGAUGUCCUGUUUGAUAAUUGAUAGGAAUUUUGGGCUUUUCCAUUAUCCAUUUAUUGAAUUGUUGGUUUACGAGAAGGCAUGAACAGUUACAUGCGAUUAAAAAUUUAUGUAUUAUCGUGUUGUUAUAUUUAUGCAUUGAAUUUGAUAGAAAAUGGGAUUAUUGCCGGUGAUUAUUAUUCUUAUUGCAUAAUCUCAUGGUCUUUCCUGGCCAA